CCUCUUCACACGUCACACUUCCUGUCAGUGAGGCAAGAAGGACUUUUCGGCCAGAGCUCCUCCAGACGCCUUCACAACGUCAACGACUUCCCUUUGAACGCAUCGCGGAGCGACACCGCUGACGGGUAGUCGGGGGGGAACUCAUCACGCAGCAACCGGCCAGAAGACGACGAUGAGCGUGGGCUCCUUGGGCCUCGCGGUCUUGUGGCUGCUGCCGCUGACGUCCGGCCAGAACCACACCGCCGCCCACGGGUCCACCGAGGACCGGACGACCGGCUGGAGUCCCGUCUCAGAGACUCCGCCGGCUUCCACGAUGUUUGUGCCGGGGAGCGAAGCGGCGGCGGCGGCGACGCCAACCGACUCCACGCCGCCUCGGUUCGACCGCUCAACGGAAGGCAGGAAGUCCACAACGUCGAGCGCUCACGCCAGCGACUCGAUCGGAACCACGCGGGCGCCGCCCGGCAGCUCCGCCCAAACUCCGACCCAACCGGCCACGAGGCUCGUCUCGACCCAACCGGCCACGAGGCUCGUCUCGACCCAACCGGCCACGAGGCUCGUCUCGACCCAACCGGCCACGAGGCUCGUCUCGACCCAACCGGCCACGAGGCUCGUCUCGACCCAACCGGCCACGAGGCUCGUCUCGACCCAACCGGCCACGAGGCUCGUCUCGACCGUGAGCACAUCUACCGGACCCGCUGAGAGCGGAGGCACCAGUACGAGCCCGGUCCCGGCCGCGUCGUACAGAACGCCGAAGGCCGCGACCCGCCCGGGGAAGGAGGAGGAGCCCGAUGAAGGACCGAACCACGGCAAAGUGGUGGCGGGGCUGAUCGGCGGAGCCCUGCUGGUCAUGGUGGUGGGCUUCCUGCUCAUCUACGUCAAGAAGCGGCGGCUUCAGAACCGGCAGAUGGCGACCGACGACUGGGCCGGCCCCUCGCCGUUCCUGGCAGGCGGCGCCGACGGCGGCGGCGGCCGGGCGUCGACGAGUCCGUCCAACCGGAUCUCCCUGUCCAGCUUCCUGACCCAGAGGCUCUCCAGGAGGCUGUCGGCGCUCCCGGAAACCGGCGAGGAGUUCGCGGACAUGACGGCGAGCACGUUCGGAGGUAAAGGGAGUUUGUUCGCUCGAGAGGAGGACGGGAAGGCGGGACUCGGUCCAGGAGGGCGGAGCAACGGAGACACUCCGGAGACGGCCGAGCACCACCACAACAACCACAACAACAACAACAACAACGACGACGACAACUCUGAGGUUGCGUGACGACCACACAGGAAGUCGCCCUCGAGAGAGAAGAGAUAUUCAUCUGAGGCUCUUCUGCUAAAAUGUGACAAAGCAGAAGAACAUUUUCACACAGAUCACAAAUUGUUUUAAACUAGAAUUAAACUUCUGAGAUUUUGAGAUUUUAAUAUUAUGGUUUCUUUGUGUUAUUGCGUCUGAAGAGACUCUUGAAUGUUGAGCAGAAGAUUGUUUUGUGCGUCACAUUAAAAACAAACUCUGCA